AUGACGGGCAAGAUGAAGAUCAUCAUCGCGAUGGUGCAGUGCAUCUGGGCGGUGCCGUACGUCUAUGACAUGGACAUCCCCGAGCAGUUUGACUCGCUGCUCAGCCUGUUUGGGUGGAUCACCGCGUUCUCUCCCGACAUCUUUCUGCCCGGUGCGUGCUACGGCUCGUACCUCGUCCGGCUGACGGUCUCGUCGACGUGGCCGAUCGUCGUCUUGGCGCUGAUCGCCCUCAAAAACAUCGUGCAGGAGGGGGCGGCGCGCCGCAAGGUUGCCGGGACGACCUCGCUGCGCGAGGAGAGCGCCAACGAGGGUGUGACGGGCGCGGUGGGCGCUCCGUCGCCGCCUCCGUCGCCGCCGCCGCUGCCGCCGCCACUGCUGCCGCCGCCGCCGCCGCCGCCGCCGCUGCCGCCGCCGCCCGAAGCUACGCAGUCCGUGGAGCCGCCGCCGCCACCGCCGCCGCCGCCUAUGUCCGAGGCGGCGUCCCCGCGGGUGGCGACGAUGCUCAUCACGACGCCGCGCGCCAUGCUGCAGCGCGUCUCCAGCCUCAUCUCCCCGCGGGGGCGGAUCGCCUUUCUCGACGCCGUGGGCCUCUCGCGGCUGCCGCCGCAGCCGGGUGACGGGCCUGGGCGCGGCUCGAGCGUCAGUGUCACCAGCUCCGACGCCGAGGCCCUGGAGGCGAGCGAAUCGUUCGGCCAGCGGAUCCGGCGCCAGGCGCGGCAGCUCUCCUUCCGGACGGCUGGCAGGAACGGGUCCGCACGCGCGGCGCUCGAGGUGCGGCGGGUGCAGUCGUCCGCGGACGGGGCGGCGGGUGUGGUGGGGCGGGGCCUGCUGCGCGCGCUGCCGCUCACGCUCUUCCUCACCUUUGUCGUGGUGCCCUCCACCUCGGAGCGGAUCCUCUCGUCGUUCAACUGCGUCGAGUUCAGCACCGCCGACGAGCCAUACGAGCUCCGCGCCUACCUCGCGGACGACCUCACCCUCGACUGCGCCUCUGCCGAGUACGCUGAGGUGGAGCUGUGGGCGUGCGUCUUCCUCGUCAUCUGGCCGGUGGGCGUGCCGCUCUUCUACGUGCUGUUGCUGCUCGCCGCGAAGCGCGCUAUCCGCGACACGCGCUCGACCGCGCUGACGCGCGCGAGCAGCUUCCUCUGGGCCGAGUACGAGCAGCGCACCUUUUGGUGGGAGCCGCUCGACCUGCUCCGGCGGCUGACCAUCACCGGCUUUGUGCUCAUCGGCACGCAGGGCUCGCCGCAGCUGCGCGUGCUCAUCGCGCUGCUUGUCACCAUCCUCUUCAUCACGAUGCAGUUCCUCCUCUCGCCGUUCAAGCGGCCGCUCGACGACCGCAUGAUGAUGCUCGGGCACGUCUGCCUGCUCGUGAUCCUGAUCGCCGCCCUCGUCAUCAACGUGUGCAACCUCUCGGCCGACACGUGCGAGACCUUUGGGAUGGGACGGACGAGCUACCUGCCCGCGCUCGUGUUUGUCGUCUUUGGCACGGCGAUGCUCGUGUCCGCCUUCCUCCUCCUCGCCUGGGCGGCCGGCCGGUACGCGACGACGCUGCCGACGCUGCGGCUCGUCGAGAAUGGGCUCGAGCCGCCGCUCACCAUCGCGCAGGGCGACAAGUGGCAUCUGUUCGUGAGCCACGUUUGGUCGACGGGGCAAGACCAGGCGGCCAACAUCAAGCGCGCGCUGCAGGUGAUCCUGCCCGGCUCGCGCAUCUUCCUCGACGUCGACGACCUCGCCGACAUCAGCGCGCUCGAGUCGGAGAUUGGGCAGAGCGCGCUCGUGCUCAUGUUCCUGUCCAAGGGCUACUUUAGCAGCCGCAACUGCCUGCGCGAGAUCCGGUGCGCGGUGCAGCUGCGCAAGCCGAUCGUGCUCGUUCACGAGGCCAACGAGGCCAAGGGCGGGCUCACCCUCGAGGAGUCGAUGAGCGAGUGCCCCGACGAGCUGCGCGACCGCGUGUUUGACAGCCGCCGCCGGCUGGGCAUGGCGGGUGGGCGCGCCAUUCAGUGGCACCGCAUUGCUGACUUCCAAAAGAUGAGCCUCAAGCUGAUCGCGGAGCAGCUGCUGCUCGCCUCGCCGCAGUACGCCUCCACGUGCGACGCGCUGCCGCUCUACUUCCCCGGCGAGAUCUCGGCCGACGCGCUCAGCUUUGAGCUGCCCGUCUGCCUGCGCUUCAGCCGGCACAACUCCGGCGCCGGGACGGUGGCCAAGGAGCUCGCGUCGCGGUUCCGCGAGCUCUCGGUGGCGCUGCUUGCGGAGCCGAGCGACGCCUCGCCGUGCGAGAGCGGCUGCUCCUCCGAGUCGGACGCGGCGACGGCGGGGACCGCGCUCACCGACUCGGCCGCGCUGGUGCGCGAGGUGUUUCUCCUCUACCUGCGCCGAGGCACGUUUGCGGGGGAGGAGGGCCACGAGCUCGCCGCCGACCUGCGGGCCGUGCGCGCGGCGGGCAUGCGCCUGCUCGCGGUCCACGAGAAUGACCCGGCGCAGGGCGGGGUCGCCUUCUCCCACUUCCUCACCACCACCCCCGAGGACCUGGUGGAGGGCGGGCUCUACUCGAGCCUCGCCGUCGCCUUCCACGCCACACCCUUUCGCGAGAUUAGCAUCGCGCUCGCCGCCAAGGCGAUGGGCGCGAGCAAGCGCAUGGGCGCCCGGCACGCCGCGGCGGGCCGGCUCAACGCCGCCGCCGCGAAGACGGCGGCGGUGCUCGCCUCGUCGAUCCACCUCUCGUCGCGGCACGGCUCGGCCCGCUCGGGCGCCUCGGGCCACCGCUCGAGCGUGCGCCGCACCUCGGACGUGACGUCCGACGGGGAGGAGGCGCAGGACACGGUCGGCUCCCUGCCCGGGCUGCGCGUGGCGCCGGCGGGGAGGUCGCAGCAGCUGCGCCUCGGCUGGGCCGGCGGCGCAGCGGGCUCCCUCCGCUGCUUGAGCGGCGGCCUCGCCUCGUCGCCGCCGGCGGUUCCGGUGUCGCGCGUGUCGACAGGCUGCCGCGCGGGCGCCGAGGUGACGCUCGUUGGCGGGGCGCGUCGGCUGGAGGGAGGAGCGGGGGCGGUGGAGGAGGUUUAG